AUGGCUGCCACAAAAUCCAAUUGCCAUGCUCGCUCAAACAGCGUUCCCUCAACAACGCACCCUCUCAUUUCAGAAUUUGAUGAGCAGUUGUGCAGAUUGAGGACUUCUGGAACCGCCUCUUCAUCCUCUACAUCAGUAAGCCACCUAAAUGGCCUUAAGGAUUUGUAUGAUUGUGCAGAUGCGCUGCUUUUGUUGCCACUCACUCGACAAGCCUUAGCUCAAGAGGAGAACGAUGAGCUAUUGGAUGGAUCUCUUAGGCUAUUGGAUGUAUGUAGUGUCACCAAGGAUACCUUGCUCCAAACCAAGGAAUGCACGAUAAAAAUUUUAUCAAUCAUCCGCAGAAGACAGGGAGGAAAAACUGAGCUUGCAAGUGAGGUUAAGAAAUUCUUGACAAUCAGGAAGGUGAUGAAAAAAGCUGUCUGCAAGGCCUUAGGAAAUUUGAAGGGUGUUUCUCCCUUCAGUAAGGAGCAUGAGGCUGUGGCUAUGGUUAGCAUGUUGAAAGAGAUGGAAGCAGUUACUCAGACUGUGUUUAACUCCAUAUUUUCUUUUAUCUCGGGUCCAAAGACACAAUCAAAGCCAAGUGGGUUGCAACUAGUCUCAAACUUGAUGCGCCAUAAAAGAGUAGCACCAUGUAAAGAAGAAGAAGAAGAAGAAGAAACAGAUGCAAAUGAAUUUGCAAUGGUGGAUGCAGCAUUGCACUCAAUUGUUGGUCACAAGACAAAAGAAUCUGAUAACAUUAUUCAGAAUGCACAAACCCAACUGCAAAAUUUAGAGUUGUGCAUACAAGAUCUAGAAGAGUCACUUGAACACCUUUCAAGGCGUUUGAUCAAAACCAGAGUUUCCCUCCUCAACAUCCUCAACCACUGGAUUAGGAUAUUCAGAUGGUACUGGAUGAUUCAUCCAAAAUUGUUUUGGCUUAUACUUAUCUUGCCUGCUCGUAGAGCAACAAUCAUGAAAUUAAGAUGA